UAGACGCAACCGGAAGUGGUCCUAUACUGGGCGCACAUCUUCAAAACAUUCGAUCUCAAGGGUUGUUGGUUGAACCUCGUAUUUUUCUACAAUGCCACUGUCCACACAGUCUCAAGGUGAAGAUGAACAGUACGUUUUAGUGGCUACUUUGGAUAAUGCUCGCAGUCUCUCCAACAUUCUGAAAGCCAUCAGCUUUAAGGACCACGCCAUCUUCACGGCAACACCCAACGGGCUGAAGGUCACUGUGGAGGACUGCAAAUGUGUGCAAGCCAAUGCCUUCAUCCAGGCUGAUAUUUUCCAAGAAUUCACAAUAAAAGAGGAUUUGGUUGCUUUUCAAGUAAACCUCACCGUUGUGCUUGACUGCUUGAAUAUCUUUGGAGGAAGCACAGUUGCAGGAAUAACAACAGCCUUGCGGAUGUGCUACAGGGGGUAUGGUUACCCACUGACAUUAUUCCUGGAGGAGGGUGGUGUAGUGACUGUUUGCAAGAUUAACACAGAAGAACCAGAAGAACCGAUAGAUUUUGAUUUUUGCAGCAGCAAUGUCACAAACAAGGUAAUUUUGCAGUCCGAAAGUCUGAAAGAAGCCUUUUCUGAACUAGACAUGACCAGUGAGGUGCUACAGAUCACCAUGUCACCCAACCAGCCGUACUUCAGGUUGUCCACGUUUGGGAACUCUGGAAGUGCCCAUUAUGAUUAUUCCAAAGACUCUGACAUGAUGGAGCUGUUCCGGUGCGACGAGACACAAACCAACAGAUACAAGAUAUCCUUACUAAAACCAUCCACCAAAGCCUUGGCUCUGUCCUGUAAAGUCUCUGUGAGGACAGACAACAGAGGAUUCCUCUCUCUGCAGUACCUGGUCAGGAAUGACGACGGGCAGAUCUGCUUUGUGGAAUAUUUCUGCUGUCCUGACGAGGAGAUGGAUGAAGACUUAUAGGGACUCAUUUAGUACGACCUAAAGACCUUAAUGUUCAACGAUGCUAAGGUCAUUUCAGCCAGAAAAAUGUUGAGCCGUAAGAUAUAAGCAAUAAAUA